AUGCAGAGCCUCGGCAAGGAAAACCACAGCUGUGUGUCCGAGUUCAUCCUCCUCGGCUUCUCCAGUGAGACACAGGUCAGAAUGGCCGUGUUUGCCCUCUUCCUACUCCUCUACCUCACCACCCUUGUGGGCAACGGACUCAUCGUCAUGCUGAUCUACCUGGACUCACACCUCCACACGCCCAUGUACCUUUUUCUCAGCGUCCUCUCUCUGGUGGACAUGAGCUAUGUCACUACCACUGUGCCCCAGAUGUUGGUUAAUAUGAUGUGUCCACAGAGGACCAUCUCCUGGGGAGCUUGUGCAGCCCAGAUGUUCAUCUUCUUGGUCCUGGGCAUUGCUGAGUGUGUCCUCUAUGCCAUUAUGGCCUAUGACAGGUACGUUGCCAUUUGCUUUCCCCUUCACUAUAUGCUACUCAUGACCCGUUCCAUUUGUGUCAAGAUGGUCAUUGUCUGUUGGUCCAUUAGCAUAGCUGGGGCCCUGAUCUACACUGUCUUCACCAUGCAUCUGCCUUAUUGUGGCCCCUACAAGAUAAACCACUUCUUCUGUGAGGUCCCUGCUGUCCUGAAGUUGGCCUGUGCAGACACAUCUUUUAAUGACAGGCUGGACUUCAUCUUGGGUUUCAUCCUGCUUUUGGUCCCACUCUCCCUCAUCCUGGCCUCUUACGUCCUCAUCUUUGCCUCCAUCUUCAGAGUCCGCUCAGCGCAGGGGAGGCUCAAGUCCUUCUCCACGUGUGCUUCACACGUCACUGUGGUCACCACGUUCUAUGGGCCGGCCAUCAUCAUGUACAUGAGGCCCGGUUCUUGGUAUGACCCAGAGCGGGACAAGAAGCUAGCGCUGUUCUACAAUGUUGUCUCUGCCUUCUUCAAUCCCAUCAUCUACAGCCUCAGGAACAAGGAUGUAAAGGAGGCCUUUUUGAAAAUAUUCAGAGUCAGAAGGACAGCUUAA